GCCAGGCAGGUACUUGGUGGGAGGUUUUUGGGUAAACCUUUCUGCUGACCGACAUUUUUGCCUUCACCUCAGCAUUGUCCUUGCCAUUGUUGUGCAGAUCUGCUAAUAUGGGCACAUUUGUGUGAGCAUAAACAACAUAAACACACACAUUAGUGUGCCACUCUGCAGUACCUCUCAGCAGGUGGAAAAAAUCUGAUCCAAUCAGCAGCACCCUCAACUCAGGAAGCAUAAGGAAUCCACCAAACAUUUGACUGGUUUGGCAACAGAGCUGAGGAAGGCAAACAGUCUCUAAAGCAGCAUUUCAUGGGAAAGGACUUGGAUUAAACAAGGACAACCGGUUGGGAUUCUGAAAUGGAAAAGACAAACUACUUCAUACGAAAGUUUUUCAUCAUCACGGUCGUUGCCGUCAUCUUUCUGUUCAUCUUCAACAAGAGAACGACUUCAACAGACAAGCAAACACCUCGUGGACCUCCACCUGUUUGUCCAUCAGUCAUCUCUGAUCAGACCAUCACUCCUCUGCAGAACACCAAACAUUUCCUGGUCUCGGCCUUCAUGGACCAGAGACAGAAGGGAUUCGACAUACGCAUCAUCGGCAUGUUUCAUAGAGACUCCGUCCAGAAGCUCCACUGCCUGUUCUGCUGUGUUGGACAUUUAGGUGAAACUACUCCCACCACAGUCUUAGUCCACUCAGAUCACUUUGGUUUUCCCUUUGCAACUACAGACAUCAUGUGUCAGAUUCCUCAAAACUGCACUGCUACACAUGUCACCCUUCUGACUCAGCCCAGUGCAGAAAAUGUGUCUAAUCUCACUUGGAUUCCUAUAAGAAACCGAAGAAUCAGUGAAAAUACUCAAAGGGUGAACUUCACAGUUUGCAUUUCCAAUCUGUUUGGAGACUACAACAAUGUGCUUCAGUCUGCACAGACUCUGGAGAUGUACAGGUUGCUUGGAAUAAACAGAGUGGUGAUCUACAAGACCAACUGUGCCCCAGAUCUUGACCGUCUCCUGCAGAGCUACACCCAAGAAGGAUUUGUGGAAAUAGUUUCUUGGCCCAUCGACAAAUACAUGAAUCCAUCUCGUGGCUGGCUUUUUUCACAACAUGGAGGUGAUAUACAUUACUUCGGCCAGCUCACCACGCUAAACGAGUGCAUUUACAGAUCCAUGGAGCGUUCGCGUUAUGUCUUGUUAAAUGACAUCGAUGAGAUCAUCAUGCCGUAUCAACACAACAACCUGAUGUCUCUGAUGGACACACUGCAACAGCAACAUCCAAAUGUUGGUGUGUUCCUCAUUGAGAACCACAUCUUUCCAAAGAAGCACUUCGAGCCAAGUGGAAAGUUUCACCUUCCUCAGUGGAGCGGGGUGCCAGGAAUUAAUAUUCUGGAGCACAUUUACAGAGAAGAUCCUGAUAGAACAAUAUAUCAUCCACACAAGAUGAUAGUUCAACCAAGGAUGGUGGAGCAGACUUCGGUGCAUCAAGUGCUUAAAUAUUUUGGACCAGAAUACAAGGUUCCAUUAGACGUGUGCCGGAUCAUUCAUGUACGUGUGGCCCUGAAAGGAUUUUUAACACUGGAACAGCUUAAUGUGGACAAACGACUGUGGGACUUCCAGGAAAAACUCAUUCCUAAUGUGGACAAGGCGCUGAAGAGAGUGGGGAUGCGGUCAGCUGAAAAAUAAUGUUGAUGAAUGUGACAUUUGUGAAUCAGACAUUUGUUGCCAAAUUUGAAGCAUGAUGAAUGUACACCCACAGAAGGAACAGGUGAAACACUGGUACUAUGAAUACUGCACUGAUUUGAACACCAGAUACAGUGGGGUGCAAAAGUUUGGGCAGCCUUGUUAAUUUUCCUGAUUUACCUGUAUAAAUCAUUGAUUGUUUGGAUAAAAAAAAAUCAGUUAAAUACAUCAUAUGGGGGACAAACACUGAUAUUUGAGAAGUGAAGAGAAGUUGAUAUGAUUUACAGAAAGUGUGCAAUAAUUGGUUAAACAAAAUUAGGCAGGUGCAUAAAUUUGGGUACCGUUGUCAUUUUAUUGAUUUUAAAACCUUUAGAACUAAUUA